AUGACGGACUCCCAGCCAUCUUCCUCCGCACCCAAUGCCUCCAAAAAACCAGAGAUUGCGUACAAGUUACGCGAUAUCAAAUAUCAUGAACUCCCCGCCAUGGCACGGGUUAUGUCGCUCGCCUUCUGGGACGACCAGCUAUUUGGUGAAAUGAUCCACCCCGGCCGUGGGAGAUAUCCAAACGACUCGGACUUGUACUGGCUGCGUGACGCGAGGGUCAAUUUCUGGAACCGUCGUUACAAGUUCCUCGCCGCGGUUGUACAGGAUCCAGAUGCCCCUGGCAAGGAGAAGGUUAUCGGUAUCGCACAGUGGGAGCGGCUUGGAACUGGCGCUCAGAAGCGAGAUUUGGCACGUUACGAUCCAAGUGUUCCAUCCGUCGAGAUCUCAAAACUUCCAAACUGGGACCCUUCGCAAGAUGAUAGAUCUGUUGUACGCUACACAGUCACGCAUACUAAAAAGAAUCACUACAGGAAACCUCAUGAAACCACUCAUGUCAAAGGCAAUGGCCCUACACGAGCUGCUCUGGCCUAA